UUUAGAUUUGUUCAUUCAUCUUUUGCUCUUAUAUGAAAAAGCGCAUAUAAAAAGCAGAAUCUUUAAAUUAAUAUCUAUCUUCUCCAGCAACUACUCGUACCUACUCACGCUCAACUCCAUAACGAAGGGCUAGGGAGUUAUGCGUGCCGCUGCGAAACAACUAAGCAAUUCUCCUCCAAAUGCUCUCCGUCGUCUGCAACAGGAGCUUGUUGAUGUGACUGAUAAUCCAAUCGAGGGUAUCAAAGUUCAUUCUGCUGCCGAAAAUAUCUUCAUAUGGAAGGUUGCCAUAUUUGGUGCGCCUGGAACGAUCUAUCAGACGCUUAAGUUCCCGUCCAGAUAUCCAUUCGAGCCUCCUUCCAUGCGCUUCGAUAAUCCACUCUUUCAUCCUAAUGUGUAUAAGGACGGAAGGGUUUGCAUAAGCAUCUUGCAUCCGCCUGGCCAGGAUAAGCUGAGUGGAGAAUCGGCCGCCGAACGUUGGAACCCUGCUCAUGGCGUCCGCAGUAUUCUACUCUCCGUGAUAUCGAUGCUGAAUGAGCCUAACAUUUCUUCACCGGCAAAUGUGGAUGCUUCUGUGAGCUACCGCAAGUAUAAGGAGAAUGGCAACAAAGAGUUCCCAGAUAUAAUCAAGAAAAUGGUUGAAAAGUCGAAGGCGGAGGCUGCUAAAGAUGGAGUGAAGGUACCUGAAACUGAGGAGGAGUACGUAAUCAAGGCUAGAGUAAAGCGUCAGCAAGCGGAGAACGAAGGCGGCACUGAUAAUGGCGAUGUUGGCCUAGAGGGUAAUUAA